GUGUUUGAUAUGGUUCUCAAUGAACAAGUUGUUAGCAGAGGCACGGUGGAGGUGAAUUCCUUGAACAAUAGUGGUCUCACGCCUCUUGAUGUUCUAUUAUUGGAAGAGGGUGAUAGAGAAAUCGAGGAAAUUCUUAGGCAAGCCACAGCCAGAAGAUCUGAAGAUUUGCGCUCCCUGGCACAGGCAGUAGUGUCUCAAAAUUGGGUUGUAACACCUCAUAACUCGUCAAAUCAACAAUCAAGAACAGAGCAAGCACAAUCUCCAGCUAGACAAUUGAUCGAUUACUUCAAAUACGAUAAGAUUAAAGAGUCACCAAGCAAAACCCGAAACACCCUGCUCGUGAUAGUCAUACUCAUCGCGACUGCAACGUAUCAAGCUGUGCUUAGUCCUCCAGGAGGUGUAUGGCAGGAUGACAACAAUGGCACCACACCACAUACUGCUGGGAAAUCAGUGAUGGCCUCCCACAAUUCAGUCGCAUACUGUUUGUUCCUAGUUUCAAACUCAAUGGGAUUUUUCAUGUCUCUUCACAUGCUAUAUUUUCUCACAGCAGGAUUCCCAAUGCAAUUGGAACUGAAAGUGUCACUUCUUGCACUUACAGUAACUUAUGAUACUUCCAUGACUGCAAUGACACCCAACACUGGGAUGUCCUUCCUUUUUACUAUACUUUCCGUUGUGAUGCCAAUCUUAAUACCACUUGUAACCAUUGUAGUGAGAAAUCACCUCAAGAAGCCAAGAGUUGGUUUACAGUGUACCAGGCAAGCAAGUGUUUGAAGAAAAAAU